AUGAAGACGGGACCCGAACAUCUUCCCGAAGAUGAAAUCGAUCGCGAAGCGAUUUUGCACCGAUCUCUUCCGUUCAUCGCCACCCGUAUCAAAAUCUUCCUCAGUGGGAAUUACCACUAUGGAUUCUACCUGCUGCAGAACGCGCCGCAAUCUGACCAUAAAGGCAGUCACGGCUCCGAGACCACACCAUGUUUCGGCCUAUUCCUUACAAGCUGGAGGGCUCGCCUACACGAGAUACUUGCGGCACACCUGAUGUCCUACCUUCAGAAAGAAAGGAUCUCGACCAGUGGAGAACCUUCCAAUUAA